GUUUUGUAGAGAAAAAGGAAAAGGGUGGGUUGGUGUGAUCGUGUUUGGUGAUAUUGGUAUUGCCGCUUGAGGACUGUCUCACAUCACCUACCGCGGAGUGGCCGAGAAAACAAAACCAAACCAAAACUCCUUUCUCUUUCAUACAACAUUUUUCUCUUAUUUUCGCAUCAUUCAUACAUAGUAAUACCACUCCUUUCUCUUCACUCUAAACCCUACACCCAUCAUAGCCAUGGCUUCUGCAAAGCUCACCACCUUCUCUUCUCACUGGAUCGCCAACAAUUCCUUCUCCCCUCGCCGUCGAUCCUCUCCUCGCCGACUCUCUCUUCCGAUCCACGCCUCUAAAUCUAUUGCAUCUCCUGGUCGUGGAAUUCUGGCAAUUGAUGAAUCAAAUGCAACAUGUGGGAAGCGUUUAGCAUCCAUUGGAUUGGACAAUACUGAGGUGAAUCGCCAGGCCUACAGGCAACUUCUGCUCACCACACCUGGCCUUGGUGAGUACAUUUCCGGUGCCAUUCUUUUUGAAGAAACCCUUUACCAGUCAACAACUGAUGGCAAGAAAUUCGUCGAUUGUCUCCGCAAUGAGAACAUUGUGCCUGGCAUCAAAGUUGACAAGGGCCUGGUCCCUCUGCCAGGGUCAAACAACGAGUCCUGGUGCCAAGGGUUAGAUGGAUUGGCUUCUAGGUCUGCUGAGUACUACAAGCAAGGUGCUCGAUUUGCCAAGUGGCGGACAGUUGUUAGCAUUCCUUGUGGUCCUUCUGCAUUAGCUGUUAAGGAAGCAGCUUGGGGACUUGCACGUUAUGCUGCUAUCUCUCAGGACAACGGUCUUGUGCCAAUCGUGGAGCCUGAAAUUCUUCUUGAUGGAGACCACCCAAUUGAGAGGACACUGGAAGUGGCUGAGAAGGUCUGGUCAGAAGUCUUCUUCUAUUUGGCUGAAAACAAUGUCAUUUUUGAGGGAAUUUUGCUCAAACCUAGCAUGGUUACACCUGGAGCUGAACACAAGGAAAAGGCUUCUCCAGAAACCAUUGCCAAACAUACUCUAACCAUGCUUAGAAGAAGAGUUCCUCCUGCAGUCCCUGGAAUCAUGUUUUUGUCUGGUGGACAAUCUGAAGUGGAAGCAACACUAAAUCUUAAUGCAAUGAACCAAAGUCCCAAUCCAUGGCAUGUUUCUUUCUCAUAUGCACGAGCUCUUCAGAACACUGUGCUUAAGACUUGGCAAGGACACCCUGAGAAUGUGGAAGCUGCUCAAAAGGCUCUUUUGGUGCGUGCGAAAGCAAACUCCUUGGCUCAACUUGGAAGGUACUCUGCCGAGGGCGAGAAUGAAGAGGCUAAGAAGGGAAUGUUUGUCAAAGGCUAUACCUACUAAAAGUUGAGGGUUUUUGGCCCUUAAUGUUUUGUUUUAACUAUUUAUCGUUUCUUCUUAGCAGUGAAUUCUAAGGAGAAUUAGAUGUGUUGUAUUUUUCUUUUCAACUUCUAGCAAAUGAGUUUGAAUAAGUUGAGCUAGAAACAAAGGUUUUCUUGGUAAAAUCAAGAUUGGGGAUUAGUAAAGAACCAAAUGGGAAAAGAACAUUAGAAAAUCAAAGAUUACUAUUUAUUGUUUAUUUGUGCUGUUCA